AUGAACCUGGUUGGCUCUAUUUCUCCAGGAUCUCCUGGUAUAGUUGGCUAUAAAAAGAGUAGCUCCGAUUCCUGGUCCCAGGUCCCAAACGCUCGCUGCAGCCAGCUUGCAGCGAGGGCAGGAGGAGACCACCACUGCAGCGCCUCCCGCCUCCGGGUCAUCGACCCUUCCCAGCCCCCUCUCAGCCGCUGUCCUUCACGCCCUCGUGCUCUCCAGCCGGGACACCUGCCCAGAGAACCCGGCCCCCAGGCUAGCGCCCGGGGCGUGUGGCAACGUUGCCAUAACAACGGGCCCCAGGCCGCAGAGGCCGCUGGGGAGGAAGUGACGAGCGGUGGGUUGGCUGUUGUUGGGACACGUGACCCGGGCAGUGUUUUGACAGGGCAAACAGCAGAGAAAGAACUGGGCGAGCGAGGGGGAACAGGAGCUGGGGCGCCAGAUCUAGGGACAGCUGGGCGAGGAGCUGGCAGAGGCGCGGCACGGGCGGGCGAAAUCCGGGGGCCGCGGGGCUCUGGUGGGAGCAGGGCAGGACGAGGGGCUGAGCGCAGGGACUGGAAGCAGGCGGCGGCUGAGGCGGGGGUGGAUGGCCACAGGGGCGCCGGGGAGCCGCGUCGGGCUUGGCAUCUCGUGCUCCCAUGGUCCACUAACGCAGCCCUGGGGGCAGCUGUACGCAGCACACCGCUCUCGCCGGCCGUGCGCCUCCUGGAGCCCCAGAACUGAAGUCGCAGACUCAGUGGGGAGCCUGUUGAAAGAGUCCCACACGUGUAUUUUUCAAAGCAGUCUGGGUGGAAAUUGGAUGUGAAAAUGAAGCCAGAUCGAGAUACUCUAGAUGAAUAUUUUGAAUAUGACGCAGAGGAGUUCUUGGUCUCUUUGGCCUUGCUAAUCACCGAAGGACGAACACCUGAAUGUUCUGUAAAAGGUCGAACGGAAAGUUUUCAUUGCCCUCCAGCACAGUCCUGUUACCCAGGAACAAGCAAACAUGAAUGUAACGACAAACUGGCCCAGUGUCGCCAAGCCAGACGAACCAGGUCUGAGGUUGCUUUAUUGUGGAAGAACAGCCUUCCAAUCAUGGUGGAAGUGAUACUGCUUCCAGACUGCUGCUACAGUGACGAUGGGCCCACCACAGAAGGGAUUGACCUAAAUGAUCCUGCAAUGAAGCAAGACGCGUUAUUAUUGGAAAGAUGGAUCUUGGAGCCAGUUCCUAGACAGAAUGGAGAUCGUUUUAUUGAAGAGAAGACUCUUCUACUGGCUGUCCGCUCCUUUGUGUUUUUUUCUCAGUUAAGUGCUUGGCUGAGUGUUUCCCAUGGUGCUAUUCCACGGAAUAUUCUUUACAGAAUCAGUGCUGCUGAUGUCGACCUACAGUGGAAUUUUUCCCAGACACCAAUUGAACAUGUGUUUCCUGUUCCCAAUGUUUCUCAUAAUGUGGCCUUGAAAGUCAGCGUCCAGUCCUUGCCCAGACAGUCUAAUUACCCAGUUCUCACCUGUAGUAUUCACACUAAUAUUGGCCUUUAUGAGAACAGAAUUCAAGAACAUGAACUUCAGACCCAUCAGCACCGCAAUUCUAAUGAAGUAGAACAAUGUACAAACAGUUCACAGCGUCUGUGCAGCAAACACACUUGGACCAUGGCACCUGAAAGUGUACUGCAUACAAAACAUUGCACAACUCCAGAAUAUACCACAACUGUCAAAAAUGUCAAACUCUACCCAGGCACUGGCAGUAAAGCCGACUAUGGAGCAUCCCAAGCCAAUCUUCUGGGCUUCAGUAGUAUGGAAGACGGAAAAUCACAGGAGACAUCAGUGAGAACUUUAAAAUCCUUUUCACUGACUGACCCCAGUGUUUCUAGUCACCAGAAUUCCUGGCAGUCAGUUGGUGAGACUAAUCCCUUAAUAGGCUCUUUAAUUCAGGAGCAACAGGAUGUUAUUGCAAGAAUUGCAAGAAUUGCUCAGCAUUUGAUACAUUGUGAUCCAAGCACUUCACGUGUUCCUGGACCUCCAUUUAAUACACCAGAGUCUAGUUCACUUAAUUCAAAAUUUUUCCGAGUUUCACCAGAAAAUGAAAGUGUGAAGAAGUGUAAGGAAACUUUCUCCAUUUCUUUUGGUAAUCCAGAGUUUACCUCACCAGAAGACACCAAUGAGGGGAAAAUGCGAGUAAAGCCAGAAACCCCUCGAAGCGAAACUGGUAUUUCUAAUGGUCUUUAUUCUCGUCAGCCCAUAGGUGAGACUAACCCUUUGAUAGGCUCCUUGCUCCAUGAGCGCCAAGAUGUGAUCGCGAGGAUCGCGCAACACCUGGAACACAUUGAUCCCACAGUUCCGCAUAUCCCUCAACAGUCGUUCAAAAUGCACGACUCCAGAUUGGUUCCGUCUAAAGUGUUUAGAAGUUCCUAUGAAGACAAAAAUUUGUUGAAAAAAACCAAGGAUGAUGAUGUCUCAGUUUCCAUUUCCUGUCCAAAAUUUUCCUUGUUAGAAGACAGCAAUGAAGGAAAAAACAUAAUACCUGAUCAAUCUUUUCGUUCUCUUAAAUGCAGUAAGAUGACGUGUUCUUUGAAACCUCAAAUAAGAAGAAAUCAGUACCAGGAAAAUUCUGGUGAAAUCAUCCAAAGUACAUUUCAGGAGACACAGAACAAAGCUACUAAUUUAUUGACUUCCUCAAAUUUGUCUCCCUGUAAAGAAAAUAACUUAGAUUUGACAAAUAGAUUGGAAAAUACACUUUCUGGGUAUCAAUUCAAGGAGCAAGACAUUAGCAAUGGAAUUGAUAAACAGUAUUCAAAUGACAACAGUAUUGAUAAACAGCUUUGCAUGAAUAAAUACAAGGAAAAACUGAUAAGAAAGGAAAAUUGUGAUCCAGAAGCUUUUAACACUCAUCAAAUUGACUGUAAAAUAAAAGUCACUAUGUUGGAAAUGUCUGAAUUUCUGCACAAACAGGAAAAGAAGUGUUCAAAUAAAGACUCAAAAAGGCCUAAGACGUGUGAGAAAAAUGCUCAACUUAGUAGUAUAGAAAAUUAUUGUAAUAAAGAUACUGAAGGUUUCAAGUGCAAAAAGCCAGACCAGUUAAAAAAUGAACAGUAUAAGAAUGAAGACACAACUGAUGAAAAAGCUCUAAACUGUUCUCGGAGAAAGGCUGUAAAAGACUGCUUGUCUACAUGUGAACGACUGAAAAAUCCAGAGACACUGAGGACUAUAUCACUGAAGCAGUCAAAUAUCUGGCGAAAGCAUAAUUUUCAUUCCUUGGAUGGAACUUCAACUAGGGCCUUUCAUCCUCAAACUGGAUUGCCUCUUCUCUCAAGUCCUGUUCCUCAAAGAAAAACACAGUCAGGUUGUUUUGAUCUGGAUUCUUCAUUACUGCAUUUGAAAAGCUUGUCAUCUAGAAGCCCUCAACCAUGUUUAAACAUUGAAGAUGAUCCAGGUAUUCAUGAAAAACCAUUUCUGAGUUCUAGUGCUCCACCUGUAACAAGUCUAAGUCUCCUAGGAAAUUUUGAGGAAUCCGUCUUGAACUAUCGUUUAGACCCGCUUGGCAUUGUUGAUGGUUUUACUGCCGAGGUGGGGGCAAGUGGUGUUUUCUGCCCUACACACUUGACUCUUCCAGUAGAAGUGUCAUUCUACAGUGUUUCUGAUGAUAAUGCUCCCUCUCCUUAUAUGGGUGUGAUUACUUUAGAGUCCCUUGGUAAAAGGGGUUAUCGAGUCCCUCCUUCAGGAACAAUACAAGUGACCUUAUUUAAUCCUAAUAAGACUGUGGUGAAGAUGUUUGUUGUGAUAUAUGAUUUACGAGAUAUGCCAGCCAAUCAUCAGACAUUCCUACGACAAAGAACUUUUUCUGUACCUGUUAAACAAGAAAUGAAGAGAAGUGUUAAUAAAGAGAACAUCCGACAUGCUGAAGAACGGUUACUACGCUACCUCAUACAUCUGAGGUUCCAGAGUUCUAAAUCUGGGAAGAUCUACCUCCAUCGAGAUGUACGACUCCUGUUCUCUAGAAAGUCAAUGGAAGUUGAUAGCGGUGCUGCAUAUGAACUCAAAUCUUAUACUGAAUCGCCAACAAACCCUCAAUUUUCACCAAGAUGUUAAUAAGGAGUGACAAUUUAAAGUGUUUGCUCAGUACCCAAGUUUGAAAGUAAAAAUUAGCUUAGAACGGAGUGUACCAAAUUACCAUCCAAGAGAGCGGAUCCUCUCCUGUUGUCCUGGACCAGUUUUUAUUAAAGGAUUUCUGAGUUGAAAUCCACAUAUUCCAAGUAGACUGGAAACACUCAUGUCCUAAUCCUUUUUGUACUGUUGAAACCACUUCAUUGGACAUGUUGCCAUAGCAAAACCCCCAGUUAGAUUAGUGUUUACACAUUUUAUUUCUCAGUUAUUUAAUAUUUAAUGUUUCCCUUAAUACUCAAGUGAUGUUUGUCUCUAGUGUUCUAAUGUAGCACAAACCCUAUGUAAAAUCAUACUAUGUAUUUUUGACGUUAACAUUGAAAUCUGAAAUAUAUGCACAAGUCUUUAAUUUUGUGUGAUGUGUUUUAAGUACUAUUCAUUUAAGUUAUUUGAAAAUGAGGAUGAAAUGUUCAGCUUCUUUAAGAUUAACGCACUAUGCAAGCAUGUGUCCCUUCAUUUUUAUGAAGUUUCAUUUUUAUGAGACCCCAUCCAGGUUGCUGCCUCACAUCCUAGUCCUUCAGCAUGCUGUACUGGCAGGGCAGUGAGGACUAAGCUGCAUCACAUCUCCCCUUGCAGACUCAUAUCAUCAUGCCCAUUCAAAUGCCCUCUAGGGUCCCUUAUCCCAAAAGCAGUUCUAUUUUUCCUUAAUCACUACUAUAGACUUUACAUUAAAUUGCUGUCCCAUGCUAGAUAGCUUUCUCAAAUUGUUAAAAGAAUAUGUACUUUGAAAACAAAUUAGUAUUUAUAUUGUAAAUAUAUACAAAAAA